AUGACAAUAACAGGUGAUCCAAUAAUUAAAGAUGGAUGUCUCAUGGUGCGUGGCAAGGUUGUCUUAACUAGGAUGCCGGAAAAUGUUGUCAUUACAUCAGCAAGCUGUGGUUCUGCAUUUCUGGGAGCUAAAUCAACGACAAGUAGUUCUCAUCACAUUUGGUGGAUGAUUCCUCGUGUAGGAAAAUCAGGAAGUGAAGUGCCAAUGGAAACUCAGAUGCUUCUCCUGGAAGUCGGAGAAGAAUCUGCUGUUUUGGAUGAGGACCCUUCUGCAGAUCCUGCUGCUGAAAAUAAAUUUUAUAUUCUGUUAUUACCUGUUCUGGAAGGGCCAUUUCGAUCAAGUUUGCAAGGAACUUCAUCGAAUGAGCUCCAGUUCUGUGUUGAAAGUGGUGAUCCGGAUGUCCAAACUUCACAAUCAUAUGCAGUUUUUGUUAAUUCAGGAGACAAUCCAUAUGAACUUAUGAAAGAUUCCAUCAAGAUUCUGGAAAAGCACAAGGGUACAUUCAGUCACAUCGAGAACAAAAAGAUCCCUACCCACUUAGAUUGGUUUGGAUGGUGCACGUGGGAUGCUUUCUAUAAAGAAGUUAAUCCAGCUGGUAUCAAAGCGGGUCUUCAAAGUUUCUUAGAAGGAGGAUGUUCACCAAAAUUCUUGAUCAUAGAUGAUGGAUGGCAAGACACAGUCAAUGAAUUUCAAAAAGAAGGCGAACUACUUAUUGAAGAAACACAGUUUGCCACCAGAUUAGCUGAUAUUAAGGAAAACAGCAAAUUCAAGAGCUUAGAGUCAGAUGGCUCGUGCACAAAUCUCAAAGAGCUCGUUGAUACCAUCAAACAGAAAUAUGGCCUGAAAUAUGUCUAUAUGUGGCAUGCUUUAGCUGGUUACUGGGGAGGAGUUCUUCCUACAUCUGAAACUCUGAAGAAGUACAAUCCCAAGAUAGUAUAUCCGGUUCAAUCCCCUGGAAACUUGGGAAAUAUUAGAGAUAUUGCCUUGGACAGCUUAGAGAAAUAUGGAGUUGGAGUAAUAGAUCCUCAAAAGAUCUAUGAUUUCUAUAAUGAUCUCCACACUUAUCUUGCUAGUUGUGGAGUUGACGGCGUCAAGGUUGAUGUCCAAAACUUGAUGGAAACAUUGGGUUCUGGAUUUGGCGGACGAGUAUCACUUACUAAGAAGUAUGAUGAAGCUCUUGAUGAAUCUAUUGAGAAGAACUUCAAAGACGAUAACCUGAUUUGUUGCAUGUCUCAUAAUUCAGACUCUAUUUACAGUUCAAAUAAGAGUGCAACAGCUAGAGCAUCAGAAGAUUUCAUGCCUAAUGAGCCAACUUUCCAGACCUUACAUGUUGCAACAGUGGCUUAUAACAGUCUUCUACUAGGGGAAAUAUUGGUGCCAGACUGGGACAUGUCCAUCAAUCACAACACUGCUGAGUUCCAUGGUGCAGCGAGAGCGUUAGGUGGUUGUGCAGUUUAUGUGAGUGACAAGCCAGGGAAGCAUGACUUCAACAUCCUCAAGAAACUGGUUUUACCUGAUGGAUCCAUCUUAAGAGCAAGAUAUGCUGGUCGACCAACUCGAGACAGCUUAUUUGUUGAUCCAGUCAUGGAUGGGAAAAGCCUGCUGAAGAUUUGGAAUUUGAAUAAGCGUACUGGGGUGAUAGGCGUUUUCAACUGCCAAGGAGCUGGAAGUUGGCGACUGAAAGAAGCAGCUCCAAAUGCACCCAACUCACCAACAACAGAAAACACAAUUUCUGGCCAUGUUAGCCCUCUUGAUGUUGAAUUCCUUGAAGAAAUUGCAGGACAAAACUCGAGCGGAGACUGUGCAGUAUAUGCUUUUAAUUCAAGAUCUCUAUGCAAAGUACCAAACAGAAAAAGAAUAAAGGUGUCUUUGGGUGUACUAAAAUGUGAAAUAUUUACUUUCUCACCAAUCAAGGUCUUGGGUGAAAAUAUUGAAUUUGCUCCAAUUAGUCUGAUUGACAUGCACAACUCAGGAGGAGCAAUUGAGGAUGUAAUGUACAGUUCUAAUGAUCUUCCAGAUCGCUCAGUAAACGUGAAAACAAGAGGAUGCGGUGAGUUUGGAGCAUAUUCAAGCUCAAAACCAAGUUCAUGUAAAGUGGACAUGAAAGAGAAUGAUUUCACUUACAAUGCAGAAAAUGGAUUGUUGGUGAUAAACCUCGAGGGGGAUUGCCAUGUGCGAGAUAUUAAACUAGUCUACUAAGUUAAUGUCCUCUCGUACGUGAAGAAACUGAAGAGCUUUUCCACAUAGGAACAGAGAGAAGUUUAACAAAGGGAAUGUGUGCAAAAAAAAUUGAGUGCAGCUUCUCUAGUUUAGUCCUGGAAAUGAUCUUGUUAUCAUGUUAAGAGUAAUGCUGCACAUUUUCAUCCUUAUGAUGGAUUUGCUGCUGGGAUUGAUUUCUAUGCCAGUUUAGCUAGUUAUUUAUUUGCAGUUUAGCCAAUUCAGUUGACUGUAUGUAAGCAGAUCAUGUUAGCAGCAUUUGUUGAGUUUUAUUAUAAGCUCUUUUGUAAUCGUUUCACUGAUGUCAAUACAAUCCAAUCACUUUUGCUUCUUCA